AUGUGGAAGUCCGUGUCGUUAUUUUUGUUUGUUUUACUAUCAACAUCAAGUUCUUUACCGCUUGAGCCUGAUUUUGGAAGGUCAACACCGCAAACUGAUGAUGCAUUACCAACUCUAGCCACAGAAUUGCAACCACCACGAUUUGAUGCCGAAACAGCAAGUUAUUCUGAGAAAAUUAUCGACGAAAGCAAUCGUACACUUUCAACGGAGCUAGAAGCGCCGAAUGAAGAUGCGGAAAUCGGGGAUUUUGGGGUUGACACCGUCGAACCCACCAUCUCUACGGAAUUGGAACCACCCACCGAAGACGCGGAACCCUUUCACUCGGGAGCCGUGUAUAUCAUAAACCUCUUCGCCAUAAAAAACGCGUCAACCAGCGAGGAAACUAACGAAAUUUUGACUGACGAAUUCGCAGCACAAAAUCCUACAGUCUUAGAACCAAUAGCGACAGUGUUGCUGGUUGUUGAAGAGGAUGAUGAGGAUAAGCCAGUCAGCUUAGACGAACUGGCCAAAGACUUAGAGGCGGAAGGGUUCAAAGUUGAGAAGAUCGGUGAAGGAGAAACUCAAUUGAUAAAGAUUGAUAUGGAUGAGAUAGAUCAUAAAGACGUCGAGUUAAUCAAGUCCGGAAAGCUUAGCAAAGUCCGAAGGCGUCGCACUUUAGGUCACGGGGGUGGGCUUCUUAGUAAGUUGUUAAACAAACACUCGGGUGGUGAUAGUUGCCAAGUUUGCAAUAGUGUCGGAUAUAUACCUCUAGUUAUUGUUCAACAACAACCACAACAACAUUAUCAACAGCCACAACAACAUUAUCAACCGGCGCCUCAGCCGCAUUAUCAACCGGCGCCACAGCCGCAUUACCAACCACAGCCUCAGCCACAGUACCAACCCCAGCCUCAGCCGCAUUACCAACAGCCAAGUAACGGAUGCAACACAUGUGGUGGCGGAAAUCACGGGUCUUACAGUCAAGCGUCGGCUCAAUCCUCAUCCCAAAGUUGGUGA